CUGACAAGGGCCUCCGACAACCUUUCCUCAACAAGACAGCUGAUUUUUUUUUUGCUACACAUCCUAAACUAGUACUGUUACCAACAUACCGUCAAAUUUGUUAACUCUGUAAACGUGUCGUUUGACAAAUGUGUCCAAUUAUUUUAGGUCGUAAUUUCAAACCUCAAUCGAUCUGACUAGUUUUCUAGAAUGGACGCCUUGUUUUUAGAAUCCGGAAUUUAGAAUUACCCAGACGGUCGGUACGGUUAGGCUUUCAUACAGAUCUUGUGGCACACACCUAAGCCGGAAGCUUACUUCGUCAAGAGAGAAAGUCUCCAGAACCAUGAGACGUUGAACCAACUACUAACAGUGUUAGGGGCAUAUUCAAACUUCAAACAGGUUUUAACCGUUGCCAUACAAAAUGUGGCCAUCACGAAGAUAUUUUCUCAAGUUGACUUUGGUGAUAUUCUUAACAUGUCUAGGCGCCAUUCUAAUGGUCUAUUCUACAGACAAAAUGGUUUUAAGGUAUUCGAGGGAUCCAAAGGUUGAAUUUGACACCAGUAAAACUGUCCCUCCUAGUCCUGAACAGAUGAUUCCAACCUGUCGCAGCGAUCCCAAAGAUGACCCCCUCGUCAAUCAUUUGUCAAAGUUUUAUUCUGUAUGGUACGAUCCACCUACUGAAAAGACAUUGACCAAAAGGGAACAGAUAAUCAUUUUGAUUUGGACACAGCUACUUGAUGACUCAUUAAGAGAGGGGGUACAAAAGGGGAGACGCACAAGGUGUGAUCGUAUAAGUAAUUGUAUCUUUUCCAAGUAUCGCGAAGACAUCCACAAAGCUGAUGCUGUCCUCUUCGAAGUAUCAAAGUUGCCGGAGGACUAUAACUCCUCUGCGAUGCCUACAGUUCGCUAUCCUCACCAGCAUUGGAUCUGGUACCGCACAGAGUGUCCGAAUUACCGGUCUAUAAACUUUGAAACAUACAGGAGUGUGUUUAACUGGACCGUCAGCUACAGGGCUGAUUCAGACUCCUCAGGGAUAUGGGGAUCGUUGUAUAAGACCUACCAGAGAGUCAAAGACGAAGGAGUCGAUCCCAACAAGGACUACACAGCAGGGAAGAAGAAGCUGGCGGUCUGGUUCAUCAGUAAGUGCAACACUCAAGCCAACCGCAUCGCUUAUGCUACCGAACUCGUCAAACACAUGCACAUCGAUGUCUAUGGCAGAUGUGGAACAAACGACGUCUGUGCUAAAAAGAAAUUCAAAUGCAUGAACGACAUAAUCAGGCAGUACAAGUUCUAUAUCGCCUUCGAGAACAUGAAGUGUAAAGAGUACCUCACAGAGAAGUUCUGGAGGAAUGCUCUGGAAAACGAUGUCGUUCCAGUUGUUCUGGGAGCCAACAGAUCUGACUACGAGAGACUAGCACCACCUCAUUCCUACAUUCACGUGGACGACUUCAACUCACCCAAGGAACUAGCAGAUUACUUAAACCUGCUUGCUCACGAUAAAGAUAGAUACAACGCCUACUUUAAGUGGAAGACUAUUCCUCCUCCUAAGAACAUGCCCUUGGAUGAAGGCCGAUGGUGUAAUUUGUGUAGAGAGCUUCUUGAGAGGUGCCCAACUAAAAGGAAAGUUUACACAGACUUGAGAACGUGGUGGGAAGGCGAGAACCUUUCCAUGUGUGACCCAGUAGAAAAUGUGAAAUAUCAGGAACUGCGAUUUGUUAAUGAUCACUUUGUAGCUGCCAAUUUCACGGACUGAUAUUUUCCGCAUAUUACAAUCAUGCUCUUUUUUCUAUACAUUUAUUCACAUACGUUGUUCAUGUUUUGUAUAAUAGCUUGAAAGUAAAAUGGAUACCUUUCGUAUUUUGCGAUUUCAGGAUUAUUAUCAUUAUCUACCUGUACUUGCAGAGUUCUUGCAGCCUGGUUCUUGUCAUACACACGAACGCACAGAUACAAAUGCAUGGACAAAAAAUACACACACACAUACAUACACAGAUACAUGUACACACACACACACACACACACACACACACACACACACACAC